AUGCGCACUUUGAAAGUUUCCCCGACGAGCAACUUGAAGGCGGAAAAAUCCACCAAGAAAACCUCUGCGAAGGCUAUUUCUUGCGACGCUUCGGAAACGGCGAAGAAAUCCGCCGCGUUAGUCGCGGCGGCAAUCGUCGCGGCUACAAUCCCGGCCGACGCUGCGUUCGCUCGAGACGUGCAACCGUACGCGGGCUUGACGCCGUGCAAGAAAAAUGCCGCCUUCAAGAAGAACAACAAGAAGGAAGUCAAAGGUCUCGAAAAGCGCAUGAAGAAGUACGAUCCGGAAUCCGCGCCGGCGUUGGCGUUGCAAGCGACCAUCGACAAAACCAACCAACGCUUUAAGAACUACGGCGAAGCUGGUUUAUUGUGCGGCGCGGACGGGUUACCGCACUUGAUCGUCGACGGGAACUUGGAACACUUGGGUGAGUUUGCCAUCCCGGGUAUCGGCUUUUUGUACACAGCCGGGUGGAUCGGCUACGCCGGGAGAUCGUACGUCAUGAAGAACAAGUUGACGGCGAAGCCGACCAACGGAGAAAUCAUCAUCGACGUCCCGAUGGCUUUGGAUUGCAUGUGGCAAGCGGGCGCCUGGCCGUUGUUGGCUGGUCUUGAAUUGAAGAAGGGUGAGUUGACCGCGCCGGAGUCGGAAAUCACCGUCUCCCCGAGAUAA